GCCGCGCUGGACACCUUACUUCCUGCUUCCCCGCCCGCCGCCAGCCCCAGCUCUGCGGAGGGAUAUCUCUCCCCUCCUCUGUCCCUCUCCCUCCCUUUACCCGCCUGUCUGCCCCCCUUUUUUGACCCCCCCCACUCUACCCCGCCUUUCUCCUUUUGCAAGAAAAUAAUUUGACAGUCGAUUUGCUGACAGGGGAGGAAUUUGCAUCCUGGAUUUAAAAAAAAAGGCCGAGAGGAGCUUAGGAACGGUUGCUAGGGCUCGGCUCGCCCCCCAUCUCACCCCCCAAGUGGAGAUUGGUCGUCUUGUCGGAUCGCCCAGGCACUUGUUGCCGAAACAGCCAAGGCUCUGGCUCUGGAGAAUGCUGAAGGAGGAAGACGCGGGAGCAAGGCGACCCUGAAGGAGUCACCAGCCGUCUUGAUCCUGAAACAGACCCAGGUCUCUUAUUCCGCCUGCCCAGCAGCAUGAGAACAGCAUGACUGGCCAGCCGCAGGAGAAGCCCCCAGAGCCAGGCCCCCAACACAGCCAUCCACUACCACGGUCAAGGUGUGAACGGCAUUUCCCCACCACGGUGGUGUCUGGUCCAUACCUCAGCCCGGGGGAGGAUGUAGACACCUCGGCUCUGCAGAUGAGUGGUUCAAACCGGCACGAACCCCUGCCUCCAGCCCCCCUCACAGACAAGUCGGCCGUGGAGUAGGCUGGACACUUUCUCUCAUCUUCUCAGGGUUUCAGGAUUUUUUUAUUUUCUUCAUUUCCUUUUUUUUUUCCUGUGGCUGAACAUUCAUAAUCAUGGGGGACCAGCAGUUGUACAAGACCAACCAUGUGGCCCACAGUGGUGAGAACCUCUUCUACCAACAGCCACCUCUUGGUGUCCACAGCGGGCUGAACCACAGCUAUGGGAGUACAAUCUCGGGGGCCGGAAUGGAUGCCCCGCAGGCCCCACCCAUCUCGCCUCACUUCCCUCAAGAUACUCGGGAUAGUUUGGGCUUGCCGAUUGGCUCCAAAAACCUUGGCCAAAUGGAUACCUCCAGGCAGGGAGGAUGGGGAAGCCAUGCAGGUCCUGGGAACCACGUCCAGCUUCGUAGCAACUUGGCCAACUCAAACAUGAUGUGGGGGUCGCCGGCCCAGGUAGAGCCCACUGAUGGCUACCAGUACACUUAUUCCCAGGCCAGCGAGAUCCGGACCCAGAAACUCACCAGUGGUGUUUUACACAAGCUGGACUCUUUCACCCAGGUGUUUGCCAACCAAAACCUGCGAAUUCAGGUCAACAAUAUGGCCCAGGUGCUGCACACUCAGUCAGCAGUGAUGGAUGGAGCCUCGGAUAGCGCUCUUCGCCAGCUGCUCUCUCAGAAGCCCGUGGAGCCCUCAGCAUCAGCUAUAGCGUCUCGCUACCAGCAGGUGCCCCAGCAGCCUCACCCUGGCUUCACAGGUGGACUGCCCAAACCAGCCCUUCCGGUCGGGCAGCAUGCUCCCCAAGGGCACCUGUAUUAUGACUACCAGCAGCCCCUGGCCCAGAUGUCAAUGCAAGGAGGACAGCCACUGCAAGCCCCUCAGGUGCUGUCCAGCCAUAUGCAACCAAUGCAGCAGCACCAGUAUUACCCACAGCCGCCGUCUCAGCAGCAGCAAGCUGGACUGCAGCGGAUCUCAAUGCAGGAAAUGCAGCAGCAACCGCAGCAACAGAUUCGCCCCUCACAGCCUCAGCAGCAGCAGCAGCUCCAACUGCAGCAGCGGCAGGGUUCACUGCAGAUACCUCAGUAUUAUCAGCCCCAACCCAUGAUGCAACACUUGCAAGAGCAGCAGCAGCCCCCGAUGCCCCUGCAGCCCCCUUCCUAUCAUAGGGACCCUCAUCAGUAUACCCCGGAGCAGGCACAUGCUGUCCAGCUGAUCCAGCUGGGCUCCAUGCCGCAGUAUUACUAUCAGGAGCCUCAACAGCCCUAUAGCCACCCCCUCUAUCAGCAGAGCCACCUGUCCCAGCACCAGCAGCGUGAAGACAGUCAGUUGAAGACCUACUCUAGCGACAGGCAGACUCCGGCUAUGCUGAGCUCCCACGGGGACAUGGGACCCCCAGAUACAGGGGUGGUAGACCCAGCAAGCUCAGAAAUGACCCGAGUCAGCAGUACCCUUCCUCACCAACCGCUCCUGUCCCCCAGUGGAAUCCACCUCAACAACGUGGGGCCCCAGCAUCAGCAGCCGUCUCCCAGUGCGAUGUGGCCCCAGAUGCACCUACCUGAUGGGAGAACGCAGCCAGGGUCCCCGGAAUCAAGCAGUGGCCAAACCAAAGGAGCGUUCGGGGAACAAUUUGAUGCCAAGAACAAGCUGACUUGCUCCAUCUGCCUGAAGGAGUUCAAAAGCCUGCCUGCCCUGAACGGCCACAUGCGGUCCCAUGGGGGAAUGAGGGCCUCCCCCAGCCUCAAACAGGAGGAAGGAGAGAAGGCCCCACCGCCACCGCCACCGCCUCAGCCUCAGCCUCAGCCUCAGCCCCAGCCGCCACUGCCACCUCCACCUCCGCCGCCACCGCUCCCUGCUGAGGCAGAACGCCUCACGCCUAUGGUCAUGCCCGUGUCUGUCCCUGUCAAGCUUCUCCCACCCAAGCCCAGCUCUCAGGGGUUCACCAACAGCGUCGCUGCCACCCCCUCGGCCAGAGACAAGCCAGCGAGCUCGAUGUCGGACGACGAGAUGCCUGUGCUCGAAAUCCCCCGGAAACAGCAUCCACCCAUCACCGCCAAAGUUGAGGAGCCCCUCAAGACCCUACCAGAGAAGAAGAAGUUCCGGCACCGGCCUGAGCCGCUCUUCAUCCCGCCACCGCCUUCUUCCUAUACUCCCAACCCCACUUCUUACUCGGGGGCCACCCUAUACCAGAGCCAGCUGCGCUCCCCACGCAUCCUCGGGGACCACCUGCUCCUGGACCCCGCCCACGAGCUGCCCCCCUACACGCCGCCACCGAUGCUGAGCCCGGUGCGCCAGGGCUCAGGGCUCUUCAGCAAUGUCCUCAUCUCGGGCCACGGCCCAGGAGUGCACCCCCAGCUGCCCCUCACUCCCCUCACGCCCACGCCACGCGUGCUGCUGUGUCGCUCCAGCAGCAUCGAUGGCAGCAAUGUGACAGUCACCCCAGGACCUGGAGAGCAGGCUGUGGACGUUGAACCACGCAUCAACAUUGGCUUGAGAUUCCAAGCAGAGAUCCCAGAACUGCAAGAUGUCUCCGCCCUGGCUCAGGACACACACAAGGCCACGCUGGUGUGGAAGCCGUGGCCUGAGCUGGAAAACCAGGCCCUCCAACAACAAGUGGAGAAUCUUUUGAAUUUGUGCUGCUCCAGUGCGCUGCCGGGUGGAGGGACCAAUUCUGAAUUUGCGCUGCACUCUCUCUUUGAGGCCAAAGGUGAUGUGAUGGUAAGGACGGCUUUCUGGAUGCGCUGUCUCAGGGAGGGGCUUGCUGGAGCUAAUCGUGGUACACUUUCUUGGCAGGUGAAGUCCAAGACAGUAGCUCAGUGCGUGGAGUACUACUACACCUGGAAGAAGAUAAUGCGGCUAGGGAGGAGACACCGGACACGCCUAGCGGAAACCAUUGACGACUGCAUGACGAGUGAAGAGGAAGAAGAGGCAGAGGAGGAAGAAGAGGACCCAGAAGAAGAUAGGAAAUCCAUAAAAGAAGAGGAGAGUGAAGUGGCCAAGUCACCAGAGCCACCACCUGUCCCUGCCCUGGCUCCCACUGAGGGGCCACCCCUGCAGGCCGCUGGCCAACCCUCUGGCUCUUUCAUCUGUGAAAUGCCCAACUGUGGGGCUGUGUUCAGCUCCCGACAGGCACUGAAUGGCCACGCCCGCAUCCACGGCGGCACCAACCAGGUGACCAAGACCCGAGGUGCUGUCCCCUCUGGGAAGCAGAAGCCAGGUGGCACUCAGAGUGGGUACUGUUCAGUAAAGAGCUCACCAUCACACAGCACCACCAGUGGAGAGACAGACCCCACCACUAUCUUCCCCUGCAAGGAGUGUGGCAAGGUCUUCUUCAAGAUCAAAAGCCGGAAUGCACACAUGAAAACCCACCGGCAGCAAGAGGAGCAGCAGAGACAGAAAGCUCAGAAGGCAGCUUUCGCGGCAGAAAUGGCAGCCACCAUCGAGAGGACUACUGGGCCGGUGGGGGCACCUGAGCUGCUGCCCCUGGACCAACUGAGUCUCAUGAAGCCGGUCAAGGACGUGGACAUCCUGGACGACGAUGUGGUCCAGCAGUUAGGGGUCAUGGACGAGGCCGAGGUGGUGGGCACGGAUCUUCUCUUGGAUGACCAAGAUUCGGUUUUGCUUCAGGGUGACACAGAACUCUAAGCCCCUCGUUCAUCACCUAGAGACACAGAAGGCACGGCCUCCACCUUCAUCAGUCAGGAAAACCUGGACUUCCUGCUCCUUUGAAAGCCCUUUUAAACUACCUGUUUAAAAAGUGGUCCUUUUCUUCAGGUUCAAGGAGGGGAAACAAAUCCAGUUCUUUUCUCUUUUACCUUCUUUUCGAUUGUUUUUGCUGGGGGUUGGGGGGAAUAAAAAAUUGGCACAACUAUCUUUAAGAGGUGUCUCAUCUGGGCUGUGUUCUCGCGAGGCCACUUCCCGCGGGGAUGAGCCUCAUGUUCGUGUUGCUUUGCUUUCCGAUGUCAGCCACCCUGGUUGCCUUUUAUCUCCAAAAUUGAUGUGAGUGUAUGAGUGUGUACAGGCGUGUGCGUGCAUGUGUGUGUGCGGGUGUGUGCAUGCUA